GUACCUGUUAUCUCUAAUCUUAUUGACUCAUUCUCGCUUAACUUGGUGGUGUAAUAUCACAAACUUCGGUUUGUAUAGAAUCAGUGAUGUAUUAAAAAAAUGGUGUUGGGUGUAAUCUAAUUUUGAUAUUAAUAAAGCAAGUAUGAAGUUAUGGUGGUGUGUUUUUGGAAUCAUACCAGUGCUGGAAGUGAUUGGUGUGGCAAUUAAAAUAACCCACACCUGCCCUUCGAUUUGUCUGUGCCUAAAUCACAUCAUCAAUUGUCAAAAAAAUGAAUUAUCGGAGCUACCUCUAGGAAUUGAUCCGAAUGUGACUAGUUUGGAUUUAUCUAUCAACAACUUCGAGAAAAUAUCAGAAGAUUUCAAGUUCUUCACUAAAUUGAGGCACCUGAAUAUGUCUUACAACAGAAUAGCAACUCUUGGACAUAUGGAUUUCAACGGACUAUUUCAAUUAGAACAAUUGGAUUUGUCUUUCAAUUAUUUUCACGAUUGGAGAGAUAUUCACUCGCAAACUUUGAUAAAUUUAAAAAAACUUACGUUUAUAGAUUUUUCGAAUAAUGCUGUCAGAACUUUGCCAUUUAAUUCUAAUCAUUUUGCUGUGAAAUCUCUAAAAAUACUCAAAUUAAAUAAUUGCUCAUUGAUUUCUAUACCUAGCGGUUUUCUUAAAACAAUUAUCAAUAUUACGGAGCUACAUUUAGCUAAUAAUCCGAUAAAUCACUUAGACGUCAAAUUAACCUCAAAAACUUUGAAAUAUAUGGACCUGAGUUCAAGUACAUUGAGUUAUGUAAGUGAUAGUGCAUUUCAAGGCUUGGAAUCUUUAGAGAACUUGAAAAUGAGCAAAAACAAGUACCUCAGAAAUAUUACUAUAAACGUAAACUCAUUGAUUAAUCUGGACAUAUCAGACAGUUUAUUGGACACUUCUCCAUAUGGAAACAUGAUAUCUUUACAGCAACUAAAUUUACAUGGUAACAUAUUGCGGGAAAUAAAAAACAAUCGAUUUAUGAACAUGCCGAAUCUUGUAUAUCUAAAUCUAUCUUUGAACGCUAUAACUUCCAUUGAAGAAAAUGCUUUCAGAGGUCUAGAAUUCUUAGAAAUUCUAGAUCUAUCCUAUAAUAAAUUGAAUUAUAUUCCAACAGAAACGUUUUUGUCAACCAAAAAUCUCAUUUGGUUGGACGUGUCUCACAACUAUCUAACUUCAUUGGAUAGCAUCAGUAGCAGUUCUUUGAAUAUUUUGAAUGCUAGCUACUGCGAAAUCAAUUUUAUUUCUAAGUAUACUUUGACAACACUUCCACGGCUACGUUUACUGUCUUUAAAGAGGAAUUUCAUAAGCUCAAUACCAGAUCAUUGGUUAGCUGGACAAAUCUAUUCACUAGAUUUGAGUGAUUGUAGAAUAAAAAGUAUAAAUAACUAUACUUUUGCCGAAAUGUCGUCUCUGUGGGCACUAGAUUUGUCUAGUAAUAGGUUAACAACAAUCCAUUACACAAAUUUCCCUUCAAAUCUACAAUUAAUAUCGAUAAAAGAUAAUUUGUGGAGAUGCGAUUGCAGCGCUCUUAUGGAAACUUAUUAUUGGCUACAGUCACAUGGGUCUUUUACCGAUGAUCUUAUAUGUGAUUCCCCGGAGAACGUCGAUGGAGAAAAUUGGUUAACAGCAUGUCAAACCCAGUGGUACCCUUCGUCCCAUAAAAAAGAUAAUUUGUGGUGGUACUCAAUUAUUUUAUUAAUUUCGUUACUUCUCCUUCUGGUUACUGUUGUGGUACUCCGAAAACUCAACGAAAUCAGAGAAAAGAGAUUCAGAGAGCUAGAAGAACAACGUAGGCAGCAAGAAAGAGAAGCGCGAGAAGCUUUACAAAGAAUGCAGCAAAGACAUAGAGAAUAUAGAGAAGAAGCUAGCCAAAACGCACCGGAUCCGAGAGACAGCCAAGGUCCUCCAUCCUACAACGACGCUUUGCUUCUACCUAGACUAGAUUCCUCACAAUUGAGUUUAGCUAGCUUACACUCCUUCGGUUCUAGAGGAAGUCUUCAAGGAAGCAAUCCUGAAGUUAAUAAGAAGGGAAAAGUUAGACGAAAAAGAAGAAGAAGAAGAUCAGAAUCUACGGAAAGACCAAUGCGGCGAGUUGAGCCAGAUUCAAACGAAUCAGAACCUGAUAGAAGAGAAAGACCUUUAGAGAGCGACUUCUAGUGACAGCUUCUUUCAUUUAAUAGUACCGGCUAGUUUGCAACUUAUUCCUGAAAACUAACCCUUAAAAUGUGAUACUAAUGAAACGGUGUGUUUCAAACUAGAAAUAAGAUUAAUUUAAAAUAGACUGUUAGACUGAUAUAAGAAGUUAAUAUUUGUAACAAAAUAAUUCGACAUUAACAAAAUAUAAUAUUUAAUUGAGGAGCUUCGAAGAUAAAAAAGUUCUGCAGCAUGAUUACCGACAAUUGCGUACUGCCUUUUAUGUUGAAUAAUGCAAAAUUCAUCUUACCGAUAUCUAAUGUUUGCAUUUUAAAAUUUCUGCAAAUUCUGUCUUAUCCCACAAGAAACUAUCAUGUUUAUCAUUGGUAGAAUGGGAGGAUGGUACUCAACUUAAGUUUCAAAAUUGUAGAAAAUAAAAUGUAAAAAAAUGGGUCUCGGGCCUCCGAGUCAACCACGACCAAUUUUGUUUUCCGUACAAACCGAACCUAAUCUAUUUGAAGAAUCACGCUUUUUGAUGUAAAGUUCAAUUAUUUUUCAAUUGAUCUCAAAAAAUAUUAAAUAAUGAGACCAUCAAUGAGUUUCAUCUUCUUUUUUUUUCAGUAUAUCUAAGGAUAUUUCAAAGUAUUUGACGUACUGAUUAUCUAUUGAGUGUUAAUUUUUUUUUAUUUAAAAGUUUUACCUUCAUCAUUAUGACUAUUUGAAGAAAUUAUGGAAAAAUCUUCAUAAAAAAACAUAAUUUAUGAAAAUCACGUACGGGUGACAUGUUAAAACUACUUGUUAAAUUUAUUAACAUAUUUAUACGCUGCGUAUUUGCAAAAUGAAUGCUUAGAAUGUAUUUUGUCGCUACUUAAGACUCCAUUACAGUAAUAACAAAAAUAUUUAUCAUAGAUCACCCAGAACUCUUGCAAUUCUUACUAUUUUGAAAUUUGUAUUUAUUUUUCUUAAACUCAUAUUCCGUUUCAAUCAUCAUUUAUUUCAACCAUAUGUACUUCCUGUAUAUAAAUUGUAGUUGUAUAUAGAAAUAAGUGAAUGCUAUACUUUGUCUAGGUAUAUACUUGGAGAUUAAAAUAAAAAAAAGUGCGACUUUUGAUAUUUUGUUGAAAUAAUUAAAUAGGAAAAUUCAUUUUUAAUGGUAAAAUUCUAAAUAAUCACACAGUGUUUCCAAAACAUUUAAUCUAGAUUCUUAUUCCAAACCAUAUUUUCAAAUCAACUAUUCGGGGUUAAAUCAGUAAAGAGAUGUUGAGAAGUAUAGUGGGUGACUCAUAAAUAAUAUCGGUUUACAAUAUUUACUUUGUUUAUUAAAUAAAUCAACAAAAAAAGCUUUUAUAUUCGAAGUACAGCCAAUUGUAUUCUAUGGUUUUCACCUAACGUCCAGCGAGCUCUUUGAGACCUUGGUAAAACAAUUCUUUAGGCCAAAAAUCGUCACACUUCAUCUCCUUUGAAUUCAAAAUUUUUGCCAGACUGAAUGCUGUGGGUAGGUGCUCAAUAACACCAAAUUAAACCUGAAAAUUUCUCUGAUAAAACCUCACAAAUUCGCAUCAGCUGUCCACUAUAUACCUCUGAAUUGAUAGCUCGACCAUCUGGAAUGAUUUCGAAGAACACCCAACUUUAAUAAUUCUACCAAGUAUAUAAGACUUUUCGCUUGAAUCGACCUCUCGUUCUGAGAGGAUCUGGUAAUCGUCCUUUGUCUUACCACUGAUUUUCUUUUGGAAAUGGAGCUGUUUCCUCAAAAUCCAAUGAAAUCUAGCUAAAAAGAAGAACUAUAUCUUAUUUAUUGUAAAUAAUAAACUAUUGUUAAUAGACACAUUUAUGACAAACCUGUAUCUAAUGUAUUUCAUAUAUUUAUUUGUUUCACAUUUAAAAGAAUGAAUGAUUUUCAUAUAAAGUUAAAUUUCACAUUUGGGUUACCCUGUAUAAAAUUAUUCUGUGUAUAUAAAACAAACUGUAUAUCUUAUGUUGUAAUAUAUUAAUUUAAAUUCUAA